CCAAUGGCAACAUUUUGCCGAUUUGACAGCUGUAGCCGGAAGUUAGUUUCUGCUGUCACCAAGUUGUCUAUGUUCAAACUUUAGUUUCCAUCUUUCUUUCGUUUACUGAAUCAGAGGUUAGAAACAUGACUCGCAAACGCCGCAACGGAGGUCGCGCCAAGCACGGCCGUGGCCACGUGAAAGCCGUGAGAUGCACUAACUGCGCUCGCUGCGUCCCUAAGGACAAGGCAAUCAAAAAAUUUGUAAUAAGGAAUAUAGUGGAAGCGGCUGCAGUGAGAGACAUAAACGAAGCCUCCGUAUAUGCCUCAUUCCAGUUGCCUAAGUUGUAUGCUAAGCUUCACUACUGUGUGUCGUGCGCCAUCCACAGUAAAGUGGUCCGUAACAGAUCAAAGAAGGACAGGCGUAUCAGAACACCACCCAAGAGCACCUUCCCACGGGAUAUGGCUCGUCCACAGAAUGUACAGAGGAAGUAAACUUUAAUAAAAAGUAAAAAAAUCCAA